AUGUCCUUUUAUACACCUUUGGAUUCAAUUAGCCGUUACAUUGAAACAUGCAACAAAUAUCACAAUGAACAUCAAAAAAGAUUAAAUCUCAAUAAUGAAAAUGAAGAAUUACAAUAUAGAUUAACUUUGUUGAAAAAGUUAUAUUUUGCUGUUAAGGACAAUAUGGAAGAAAUCAUUCUAUGUUUAUAUCAAGACUUUCAUAAAAGUCGCCAAGAAGUUGUUAGUGGGGAAAUUAUUUCUUUAUUGAGUAAUAUCUUAGAUUUAAUCAAAAAUUUACCCCAGUGGAUAAAAAAUAGAAAAGUUCAUUCUGAUUUGCCGUUAUUUCAUAACAGUCAAGUGGAAAUUCAACGUAUACCAUAUGGUACUUGCUGUAUUAUUGGUCCGUCAAACUUUCCAGUUUUAUUGCUGUUGGAUCCAUUAGCUUGUGCACUUGCCGGUGGCAAUAGUGUGAUUUUAAAACCCUCUGAAUUGACACCAAAAACUACGGUGACCAUAACAAAUAUUAUUGAAAAAACCUUUCAAGAUUAUGACGGUUUGGUUAAAGUGAUUAAUGGCGGGCCAUUAGAAACCAUGGAAAUAUUUAACGGACCGUUGGUAAACAAAGUUUUUUAUACGGGUUCUCCAGCGGUUGGAAAAAUCAUCAUGAAAAUGGCUAGUGAACAGUUAAUUCCAGUCACUUUAGAACUAGGUGGUAAAUCGCCAGUUUUUAUUACCCCUAGUGUUAACUUGGAAAAAUUAGAAGAUAUAGUUAGAAGAAUAUAUUUUAGUUCGUUUGGCAAUGCAGGUCAAAUAUGUAUGGCUGCUGAUUAUAUACUUUGUCACAAAGAUGUUUAUAUCAAAUUUAUUGCGUGUUGCAAGAAAAUAUACAAUGAAAUGUUUCUUAACAUUACCUACAAGACAGAGUAUACACACAUGAUAAGUGAAAGAGCAUAUGAUAAAAUUAUCAAAAUUCUUAAACGUACUAAUGCAAAGGAAAUAUACCACUUAGGUGAAUCAAACCAAGUUGAGUUAUUUAUUCCACCUACACUAUUAAUAGAUGUCAAUUGGGAAGAUAGUAGUAUGGAAAUGGAAAAUUUUGGUCCCAUCUUACCUAUUCUACAGUAUGAGAAUUUGGAUGAUUGUCUAGACAAUAUUAUCUCUAAACCUGGGAGAAGUCAUCCUUUGGCAGAAUACAUAUUUUCACAAGAUAAAUUGGAAAUCCAGUAUAUUCAAAAUAGAUUGAAAAGCGGCGGCUGCUGUAUAAACGACACAUUGUUACAUGUAUUAUUAGAUUGUGCUCCAUUCAGUGGCAUAGGUUCCAGCGGGUUUGGAUCUUAUCAUAGCGAAUGGUCUUAUAAUUGCUUUACCCAUGAAAGGACUGUUUUAAAUAGACCAUUUGACGCAGAUCCAGACAAUAGUCGUUUUAGAUGUCCACCUUAUUCUAAAGAAAAGAGUGAUUUUUUGGAACAUAAUGUAUUGCCAAAGGAAUGGUUCAGCAGAGAGGAGUAA